AUGUCUUUAUCUCAAUCUUUACCAUUGCGAUCUGGAUUUCCAUCGGUGUAUGAAGAUGAUUUGUUCAAGAAAUUUAAACUUAAACAUCAUCGUACAUUACAAUGUAAAUAUGAAAUUGAUACUCAAAAUGGUCGAAGCAAUUUUCAUGAAGGUUCAUUACCAGAUACCGGCGGCAAUCGCGCUGAACUAUUGACACCGGACAUCGAUGAACUUCAACGACGAGAAAAUGCACUUCUUAAAUGUAUUCAAUCGCCAAAAAUCAGCAACGAUACGAAUAUGUCGUUGGCGACUAACCAUCGAAAAUCGUAUAGUCUAUGCAAGGUCUGCAACGACAGAGCAACAGGUAUACACUAUGGUCUUGCAACAUGCGAAGGUUGUAAAGGUUUCUUUAAACGCACAGUGCAAAAUAAACGAAAAUAUCGUUGCAGUGGAAAUGGCUCGUGUAUUAUUGAUAAAUCUCAACGUAAUCGUUGUCAACAUUGUCGAUUUCGAAAAUGUCUUUUGCAAGGCAUGGUCAUUGCAGCUGUUCGAUAUGACCGAGCACCGGGAGGUCGCACACCUGCUAAUGUGAUGCAGUUGUACAAAUAUAAAAAUGAAACCAAUGAACUUAUAAACAAGAAUGUAAAUGAGACAUUUAAUGCAUUAUUUGAUUCGAAUAUAUUUCAUUGUUUUGAUCAAAUAUCAACAAUAGAUAUGUUAUUUGAACAUCUACGUCCAUUGUUAAAUAGCGAAAUUUUGUUAACACAAGAAUCAAUAAAAAGUAUUUCUCUAUUAACAAUCGAUAAAUUUAUUUAUUGGUUUCGUUCAUUACCCUUUUAUCCAACAAUAAAUAUUGAUUUAAGUCAAUUUAUGAUUAAUGACCGAUGGUCGAAUUAUAUCGUAUUAAUUAUUUUUUAUUUUCUAAAAAUGAAUUAUAGUCAUGUCCAUUUUAUUUCCUAUCCAAAAUGUCUUCAGCGUUUAUUUUAUUUUACACAAAAUAAAUUUCUAUCGUCAUUAUCAUACCGAAUACUUGACCAAUUUUUUUAUUUCCUAUCAACAUUCUUCAAUAUACAUCUGACCAACACGGAAUUUACUCUAUUAAGCAUUUUACUUAUAUGUCGAUCAAAUCAAUUGAAUAAAAUUCAUUUCAAUUCAUUUGAAUAUAUUUGUCAAAUAUUACAUACGUAUGAAAUCACUAAACUCCCGUCGGAACAACCAGCUCGUUUUAAUCGUUUAUUAAGUUUCCUUGAACAGAUUCAAUCAAUAACGCAAAUUCUUAUUACACAUCAACAUUUUCAUUUACCAUUUUUACUUUUUUCAAGCUGA